CAGAGGAUACAAAGAUUUCUCUUCAAACAAGAGGCCUCGUCGAUACUUCUUCAACCUAGCAAACUGCCAUGGAGGAGAAGUACCUGGAAUUUGGAAUGUGACUUACAGACUUCAUAUGACUAAUGGACUUAAGAGCCUGGAAAGGGAAUUUUCUUAUGAUGAGAGGUAUUUGAUGGUGACUGAUCUUGGAUUUUUGUUCUCAUAUCUUGGAAUAUUUCUAGUAGCAACCGUCAACCAUGUAACUCUGUUCAGGAAGCACCUCCUCCAUGUGACUUACAGACUGUUCUAUCUUAGUCUUAGUCUUCAGCUGAUUUCUUUACUACUCCACUGCAUUGCCAUGGGUUGCUUCUCCAAUAAUGGCAUUAGUCUUCCCAGGUUGAACAAUUCAGCUGACAUGCUCCAUGGCCUAUCUAGUGUGAUAUUUGUAGCCCUCCUCUUCUUGGUUUCCAAAGGUUAUACAGUUACUAGGGCCCGUAUGAGUUUUAACGGUUCCAUCCAGCUAGCAAUCCUCUGUCUCUUGUAUGCUGUAUCCUACCUGAUCUUCUCCGUCUAUCAGACCAUACUGUUGGACCCUAGAGAUAUCCUAGCCCAGUAUAGUAUUCAGGUUGCAGCUGGUUCAAUUAUUUGUCGCAUUGCAGUGGAGAAGUAA